GUGGACCUUAGAGGAGCCCAAAUUUCCAGUAGCACUGCAGGCAGCUAGUGCACAAAAAGAAAAAGAGAUAGAUAAAUAUUUAAAAUAGUUUUAGGGAAACUAGAAUUUUUAAAAUAUAUUUUUAAUAACUUUUUUGACUUUCAAAUAUUAGGGGAACAAAGACAGAAAAUGAUAAGUCAGCUGUAUAUCACAAUAAUUUCCCUGACCCUGGCUGGCAAUGCAUACUGUCAAACAAGUUCUUCCUCUCCUUUAACUUCUUCCUCUCUUCCAACAGCAAGUACCCCCCCUCUUGUAUCAGUCACGUCCAAACUGGGUGGGAACAUCACCUUGCCCUGCAGACUUCAGUCAGGGGGCAGUGAUGUCUUUGGAGCUAUGAAAGUCACAUGGACCAAAGUUGGACAAAAUGGAUCUGAGAAUGAAGAAGUGCUAUUGUCAAUGGGUAUACACACAUCGGGAAAGUUUAAGGAUCGUGCCUAUUUGGUUGACACAAACGCUGGCGAUGCAUCCUUAGUGUUAACUAACAUCUCCAUGGAGGACAUGGGAAAAUAUCACUGUGAGGUCCAGGAUGGUAUGGAAGACAUCGUAAAACAUGUCAUCCUAGAGGUAGAAAAUGGCACAACUGAAGGUGUUGUAUUCCCCUAUGCUCCGCAUCAUGGGCGCUACAACAUGAGUUUUGAUGAUGCUGUGCAGGCAUGUUCCAGCCAGGGUGCUGUGAUUGCCUCAUUUGAACAGCUCCUACAGGCCUGGGAAGAUGGACUGGACUGGUGCAAUGCUGGCUGGCUCGAUGAUGGUACAGUACAUUAUCCCAUCAAAAAACCCAGAGAGCCCUGCGGUGGUGCUAUCAGCAGUCCUGGUAUUAGAAGCUACGGUCGCAGAAACAAGCAGAAGAGCCGCUUUGAUGUCUUCUGCUUUGCUUCCAAACUUGAGGGUCAAUUUUAUUGGUUGACCCAGCCAGAUAGACUGACCUACGACGAGGCUGUGCAGAUGUGCAAAGACGACAAUGCAGAGAUUGCCAAAGUUGGUCAUAUGUAUGCAGCCUGGAAGCUUGAGGACUACGAUCGCUGUGACGCUGGCUGGCUGGCUGAUGGAAGUGUCCGCUACCCUAUCUCCAGACCCCGCAAGAACUGCAGUCCCACAGAGGCUGCUGUGCGCUUUGUUGGAUUCCCUGACAAAAAAGUCAAGUCUUAUGGUGUCUACUGUUUCAAGCCUUACUAGUGAGAAUAUUAAAAACAGCUAGGGAAACCAUAGCUACCAAAGAGCAGCAAAAACAAACAUAAAAAUAAAUUUCUGUGAAAACAGGAUUUAAACCAGUUAAAAUAUAAUAUCCUUGCUGAUGCAGUUUUAACUCUUACUUAUGUGUCACACAUUUAAGUUCAAUAUGCAAUACAUAACAAUAUAUAAGUAGCAAUUAGUGUUUGAUACUUUUUCUUGUUGCACACUUUGUUAAGACUGUUUGACAUAAGCCGAUAGUUUUAUAGCAAAGGCAGAAUCAUCUGAAUUUAGUAUUUACUGCUUAAAAUGUGUUAAGUUCAGGAUAUGAUUGCAAUUUCACUCAAACUACUAUUUUAAAUAAGGCUUGAGCAAUGCGAUGUCUAUAUGUAAUAGGCCUGCAUAAAACAAAAUUUGAUUCAGUGUGGUGAACAUAAUGUGGUUACAUCUUAUGGGCUAUUGGUAUAAACACAUUAUACUGCAAUAACUCAAAUGGACUCUUUGUCAGAACAUUUUUUUCCGACAAAGAGUCCAGUUAAAUAGCAAACAGCAAAAUAUUUGCAAACAGAACUAAAUAUAUAUUUUGAAUCAGUAUUUUUUUUUUUUGCAUUACAGUUUAAUUAACAGAAACCACAAGUCUGAAAGAUGUUACAAUGUUAACUUUUUCCAAUUUGAGAUAGAAGAUAAAGACUUUACAUUUCUUCACACAUCUUUCCAAAAAAUUCUUUAACAAUGUAGUAUAAAGCUUUGAUUAAUGCUUGCGAAUCUUUCUUUUAUUAUAUUAAGUUUGUUUUGCCAUUGUGCUAAACAAGUUCAUAUAACCCUUGUUUGACUCGAGUAAAACUCUGAGUAAAAAACUGAGCGAAAAUACUAGCAAUUAGUAGUUAGUUUUUAAUUUUAGUUAAAAGAAGGUUGUUUGCUUUGCUUAUUUUAGUGUAAUCACUGACCUAUGAUGCUAACUGAAGAUGUGUAUUUGUUCUCAGUUCCACAUACAAAAAACAGUUUCUUGUAUGAUAACAUGUAUCUUUUUUACAAUGAUGCAACUGAAAAUAAAAAUCUGCUUUUAAAAAUC